UGUCCUUGGACUAUAUCGUCGUAUUCAUAGUCAUUUUUUCAUUCUAUUGAAUUUCAUGCAGUUUGUAUUCUAUUGCCCAAUAAUAUUAGAGAAACUUAUUUUUAAUUAUUAUGUAUCAUGAUUUAUUACUUUCUAUUAACCAAUCGUAAUGCAAAAGGAAAAUAAACAGAUUAGAAUUCAACCAAAUUUGAUCAAAGAAAAAUACCUGGAGUAUUUAAUGUUUUCAACCAAAGAGAAAUUAAUACGACGCACGGGACAAAAUGGCAUAGGCCGAUAUGAUUUUUUAAAACUUCUAAUUAACGAAUUUAAAACGACUUCCUCUAAAGACGCGAAGGAACAGGUGUUGGCGAAUUUGGUUAAUUUUUCUUACGAUCCUAUUAAUUAUGAAUAUUUAAGACAGCUUAAAGUAAUCGAUUUAUUUCUUCAUAUUUUAUCUGAAGAUAAUUCUACUUUUGUACGUUUUGCUAUAGGAGGUAUUUGUAAUUUAUGCUUAGAUCCAAUAAAUAAAGCAUACAUCUUACGCAAUCAAGGCAUUUCAUUAGUAUCAUCAUUACUUAACUCUCAUGAUGAAGGAACUAUAUUAUCAUCAAUUACAACUUUAAUGUUUCUAAUAACACCUGAACUUAUAAAUGAUAUAGUUUCACCUGUGGUUAUUAAACAUAUGCAUGAUUUGUCUAAUAGUACAAAUAAUCGUAUAAAAAAUUUAGCUAUUAUAUUUUUAAGUGAUUAUUGCCAAGAACGUAAUAAGAAGAUUGAGGAUAAAAAUGAUAUAUGUAGCAGUGAUAAAUCUGCCAAAUAGAUAGGAUAUUGUAUCAUAAAUCUAUUCUCUAUUGAUUUAUAAUAUACAUUCUAUAAUAUCUUUAAUUAAAAAGUAAUUAUGUCACGAA